AUGGAAGGCAAAUCUCUAUCAGUGGGAUAAUCUUAAGGGGAUGAUUUUGAUGAUGGAAUGAUGGAUAAAAUAAGUAAAGUGAGAAUCUAAUACAACAAACAAAAUAUUGUGGCAAUAGGUGUAUUUUAUGAUUAAAGAUAAAUCUAUAAAUUUCAUAAUUUUUGUGGCAACGCUGUUAGCAAGUUUUAUUUCUAAGUAUGGGAAGAAGAGUUCAUUAUAGAAAAAGAUGAUUGUAAAUAUGAAACAUAUCUAGAUCUAUAGUAAGUGGGUGGUACUUUUGAUGGAAGAUACAUCACCUCAUUAUAAUUUGCUACAUAUAAUGGUUAAUCGGCGCAUUUUAAAGCAUCAUGUGUGGGAAAUCAAUUUAAUAUAGAAAAUUUUGGUAAUGUGAUUAAAGUAACCCAGGCAAUACUUUCUCUAGCUGCAGUGGAUCCUUUGAUACAAACGGGCUAACAUCAUUAGCCUUUAAAGUGAUUCCACUAAAUUCGACUGAUUAGGAAAGAAUUCAAAAUACAAUCCUUUACUUAUCUUAUGGCAGCCACUAUCCUUAAUAAUACAUUCCCC